AAAGUUAGGUCUGUGUAUGAUCACUAUUUAAUAACGUUUAAAGAUGGUAUAUUUUGGUUAGAACGAGACCAUUAUUAUUAACGCGUUGAACUAGAAGGAAUAUUUUAAAAGAAAGAUAUCAGGAAGGAAACUUGUAAUUAACGUGUAGAACUAGAAUUUAAAAGGAGUAUCUUAAAAGAAACAAUACCACGAUGAAGGGAAUUUGUAAUAUUUGUGAGGGCAACACGUUGAAACUUGAAAGUGGCCGAUGGUUCUGUGAGGAAUGUUUUUCUCUACAACAGGAACUAUGUGAAACAAAGAAAGAUGUACAUGAAAUUGAUUCUUCCAUCCCACAUAAAUAUGCUCUGCUGGGAAGGCCAUUGAAACAUUCACAAAAAGUAGUGGAUGUAGGUGAGCCAUGGAUAUAUGCUGAAGCAUUCAAUAUUAUCCUUCAAAAACAAGUUGAAAUCCUGAUUCAGCUUGGAGCAUCUCCAUCUUUAAAGGAGGUUGUUCUAAAUUUGUGGGCUCGUUACCUACAGCUUAAUGGAACCGCAUUCCAGAAUAUUGCAAUGCUGUUAGAAAAACACAAGAAGUGUUCUCCAGCAAUUCCACGAAACAGAGAUGUGGAAGUUCAUCAAUUAGGAAGAAAGUGGGUGUCUAAUCACCGUGUUGCAUGUAAAAAUUCAUAUGUCAAGCCUUAUAGGAAAUCCAAGAAGAGCAACGGUGCUACUCCUAAAACUUCAUCCAAGAACAUUGAAGAAACAGAAUAUAAGAAUGAAUCUGCUCUUUCACUUGUGAUGAAGCUUGAUAAGGAAGAGAAAAAAUUUAUCAAGGAACAUUUGAAGACAAACGAAGAGGAUAUUGUUUUAUCAGAUUCUUCUAUAAAUGGGGAUUUGCCAGAUACGAAAGAGGAAGACUCCAUAAAAGAAAGAACGAACUAUCAGGUAUUUAAAGAACUUCUUCAGAAAGAUCGGAGAUAUUUGACAAAGUUUGCUGGUAAGCAAGUGGAGUACAUGACUGUACGAAAAACACUGUGUUUCUGUUACCUUGGGCUGCUGCUUCUCAAAGAAAGUAUUUUACUAUCAGACUUACUGAGAUGGUGUAAAGCUGGUGUUCUACCAUUUUUUGAUGCAGGCAACUGUCUUCCCCCAUCCAUGAAACUCCAAGCUGCUGAUAUUCCUUAUUUUCAGAUUCAAGAAUUACCUAAUCCAAGUUAUAUUGACCUAGAGACAGGGAAGCUGGCACACUACUUAGGUGUGUCUACAAUUCCACCUCAACGGUUGGAACCAAUUGUUGCCCGUCACCUGAAGGAACUGAACCUACCAUCAGAGAUACUAUCUUUAGUAAAAUCUCUAAUAGACAUUUUUCCACCAACCAAUGAAUGGAAUUUCAAUAAUGUUGGACAAAAAGUAAAAGAGGAUGAAAAGAAUAAUUCUGAAAGCUUAUCGAUUCCUCCAUUUGAGGCUCGUUCUAUUAGCUAUGUGAUUGUGGCACUGAAACUUCUCUUCGGGUUAGAUGGCACCACUGAGAGGGAAAUGAGCAAUCAUUUAAAGAAAAUUUCCAAGUUUCUUCCCAAAGAUGUAAACAUUUUCUCCUUUGAAGACUGGAUGCAGUAUAUUGAUACAAGAAAUGUGUUUCUGAGCUCCAGAUACACCACUUUUUGUUUCCCGAACACUGACAAGAUUAUAGAUGUGGAUGAAUUCUUUGCCUUUUAUCAAUGUGUAUCUUCAAAGUGGCAUCCUCCUGAACCUGCUACCAAGAAAACUUCAAAUCGUUGCCAUUCAAGAAAAUACCAUCUAGCACUGCAAGAUUCUUUUGUUAGACUAAACAAAAAGACAGUAACUCCAACAAGCACUGAUUGUACUAACACUGAACAGAAUAAACCUUCAUCCCAAAUGAAUCAGUCCAUUUCUCCAGAAUUCCAUUCUUCACUACACAGUUUUUGUAAUGCAAAGAAAGACAAAACUGAAGAAAAUCCAAGUAAUAUAUUAGAAGCAAAUCAGGAUCUUCAAAACAAAUGCUACAAAAAAGGCAUUUAUUUGAAGAAAUCACUACAUUCUUUUUUAUCUGUAACUGCAUAUCCAAGAAGACUAGCUGUUGAAAGGAAAUUAGCCCACAAAUCUCAGUAUCCAUCCCUCCAUCAAGACUUUAGGAACUCUACUGUGUUAUUUAUUACCAGUCCACACAUUUUUACACAAAGUUUGUUAGUAAAACUGGGUAAAAAGGAAAGGGCACUGGAAGAUAAAGCACUAGAACAUAUAACCAACAUAGUCAAAAAUGGAUCUUCAACUGCUAAAACCAUAGACUUUUGGAGUUCCCCUGAGGUCAAAGAAGAACUGAUUCAGUUUUUUCGUGCACAUUCAAUGUACUGGACAAAACACCUAUGUCUAGUUACUUUUCGCCAAGUUUCAAAAGUUGAAGUAGAAAAACUUCCCUAUUCUUUUAACCUUUUAUUAGGUGCUUGUUGCGACUUGUUACAGAUGCCACCUUUUGAACUCUAUAGCCAUGUUAUACAGACAGAAAAAGUGCUCUGUACUUUGAAAGACUUGCAUGAGGAUAAUUGUAAAUGAAUAUUGUCACAUUGGUGAAAUUAUAACAUUGACAAAUGUUUGACAGUUUGUAAUGCUGAGAGUGAAAUGUAUUAUAUAAGUGUAAAGAAUUAAUUGAGUAAUAUCAUUUUAACAUUUAUAUACGGUCUGAUCAUUGUACAAGUUUCACAUCAGAAAUAUUACUAAGCUGUAUAUUAUGAACCAUCUCUUCAUUAUACAUUAUUAGUGAAUGUUUUAUAUUUCCAACUUGCAUAUAAUGAAUUUUCUUUUUAUUAUACAUUAAAAUUGAAUGCUUGAUAUUACUAACCUGCAUAUAAUGAAUAUUCUAUUUAUUAUACAUUGAUGUUUUCUGUAAGAGCAGUCAACAUUGCCAGUUCUUUACAUUCAAUGGCUGGGAAGUACAGUCUUUUUGUAGUAUAUGUUUGAAAGUUGUCUAUUUAUUCAAGUGUUACAGUAAAAACUCUGUAGUUAAAAGGCUUACAACUUUUAUUUUGAAUAUGUAAACUAACCAUUUAAACUAAUGACAAUAAAGUACUUUUUUGUUUGUAACUUGCAUGUUUUGCACAGAAUAAAUUUUUCUCCUUUAACAGGAAAUUAAACCAAAACAAAACAAAAUCAGUGAAAGAAAGAAAGAAGUUAACUGAGUGUAGUUGUUAUUAACUGUAAAAAAAAACCUUAAUUUAUAGGUAAGAAAUAUACAAAUUCAAAUUUUUUCAUUACAACGAAAAUUUCUGGGUUUAGGUACCUUUUACUUUAAAUGUAUUUAGCCUAAAACAGCAAUUAAUCUGUAUACUACAAAGAUUAUUUUUGUUUUGUUAUGUUUUACACGAUAUAGCUGAUAGUUUGUUUUAAAAUAUUUUGAAUAACAUUUAUUUUGUGUGUAGUAGAUAAUACUUGUUGAUUUAUGUGCAUUUCGUGUUGUUCUAGUUGACUAUUGUGCAGCAUUUACCAAAAUAUUUGCAUUUCCAGACAGUUUUUAAAUAAACAUCAGAAUGUUUGCACAUAUAUAGUUAAAAAUAUGUAUUAAUAACCUCAUUUGAUAAGAAACAUAAAUUUUUUGUUGCAGGUUUUAUAUGGUGCAGUGCUAGACUUUUAGAGCUGCUCUUUAAAUUUUUUAAGUGUGAAAAUUCAUACUGGAAUUUACUUUUUUCACAUAAGUUACCUCAACUACAUGACUACUAACUUCAAAUGAAAAUAUUUGAAUUGUAUAACUUUUUGCUUCUACAUUUUCAGAAGUGACCUUCUACUUUAAUAUACAUCAUCAUUAUCUCUCUCAUUAUAACUAAUUUAUCAAAGUGGAAAGUUGCUUCUGGAAAUGUUUUAGAUAAAAAAAUCUUAAGAUAAUGGUUUUAAAGGUAAUUUAAUCAUCCACGUUUUAUUGUAUAUGGAUACAAACCUGAGGAAAGAUGUUUUUUCAAAAUUUCAUUUAUUGACCCAUUCACUAUGGCUGAUACAUGUAUGGUCUCUAUUUUUUUUUCUGUUAAGUGCAGCUGAUACACAUGUGGGUUUUUGCUUUUAGAA